CAAUCCGGAGGUGGCGGCAAGCAAAGUUCCCCGCGAACUCCCGCCACCAGGCUGCUGCUGGAAGCCGGGCGCCGCGUCUCUGUUUCCCACGGGGGUCUGGGGACAUGGCCAGGAGGGCUCUCAAACUUGCUUCGUGGACCAGCAUGGCUCUUGCCGCCUCUGGCUUCUACCUCUACAGCAACAAGUACUUAGACCUCAACGACUUUGGCGCUGUCAGGGUGGGCAGAGCAGUUGCCACGACAGCUGUCAUCAGUUACGACUAUCUUACCUCCUUGAGGAGUGUCCCGUAUGGCUCAGAGGAAUACUUGCAGCUUCGAUCCAAGGUGCACCUUCGCUCUGCCAGGCGCCUUUGCGAGCUCUGCUGUGCCAACCGGGGCACGUUCAUCAAGGUGGGCCAGCACCUGGGGGCUCUGGACUACCUGCUGCCGGAGGAGUACACCAGCACGCUGAAGGUGCUACACAGCCAGGCCCCGCAGAGCAGCAUGCAGGAGGUCCGCCAGGUCAUCCAAGAGGACCUGGGCAAAGAGAUUCAUGAUUUGUUCAUGAGCUUUGACGACACCCCUCUGGGAGCUGCCUCCCUGGCCCAGGUCCACAAGGCAGUGCUGCAUGAUGGGCGGACGGUGGCCGUGAAGGUCCAGCACCCAAAGGUGCAGGCUCAGAGCUCAAAGGACAUUCUUCUGAUGGAGGUGCUCGUCCUGGCUGUGAAGCAGCUAUUUCCAGAGUUUGAGUUCAUGUGGUUGGUGGAUGAAGCCAAGAAGAACCUGCCUUUGGAGCUGGAUUUCCUCAACGAGGGGAGGAACGCCGAGAAAGUGGCCCAAAUGCUCAAGCACUUUGACUUCUUAAAGGUCCCCCAAAUCUACUGGGAGCUGUCCACCAAGCGGGUCCUUCUGAUGGAGUUUGUGGAUGGCGGGCAGGUCAACGACAGAGACUACAUGGAGAGGAACAAGAUUGAUGUCAAUGAGAUCUCGCGCCACCUGGGCAAGAUGUACAGUGAGAUGAUCUUUGUCAAUGGCUUCGUGCACUGUGACCCUCACCCAGGCAAUGUGCUGGUGCGGAAGUGCCCGGGCACAGGAAAGGCGGAGAUCGUCCUGUUGGACCAUGGGCUUUACCAGGUGCUCACGGAAGAGUUCCGCCUGGAUUACUGCCGCCUCUGGCAGUCGCUGAUCUGGACCGACAUGAAGAGCGUGAAGAAGUACAGCCAGCGCCUGGGAGCCGGGGACCUCUACCCCUUGUUCACCUGCAUGCUGACAGCCCGGUCGUGGGACUCAGUCAACAGGGGCAUUGGCCAAACUCCAGUCACCGCCACUGAGGACUCAGAGAUCCGCAACAAUGCGGCCAACUACCUCCCCCAGAUCAGCCACCUCCUCAACCUCGUGCCGCGUCAGAUGCUGCUCAUCUUCAAGACCAACGACCUGCUGCGGGGCAUCGAGGCCGCCCUGGGCACCCGCGCCAGCGCCAGCUCCUUCCUCAACAUGUCACGUUGCUGCAUCAAGGCACUGGCCGCGCACAAGAAGAAGAAUACCCAUUCAUUCUUCAGAAGGACCCAGAUCUCUUUCAGUGAGGCCUUCAACUUAUGGCAGAUCAACCUUCAUGAACUCGUUCUGCAUGUGAAGGGGCUGAGGCUGGCCAGCUGGGUCUUGGCCCUGCUCUGCUGGCUGUUGCCUGCUCCACACUGAGUGGACUUGCUGUUCCCUUCCCGGUGUGACCUUGUGGUGGCCAAGGGGUCUUUUCACUGCUCACUCUUCCAUCAUGUCUCUACCCACUUGCCCCGUUUCUGCCAGCUGGUGGCCUGGAGCCCCAGGGUCGCUGUCCGUGGCACUGUUACGCUCCACCUCUGAAAUUCCUCUCCUUUGGAGCCCUUGUCGUGGGACCCCCAAGCUGCGCCGUGUGAUAGGUUUCUUUCUCUCUGUAUCCAGGGAGAAGGCACGGCAGUCUGCUUUCCCGCUCCCCGUGUGGGCCAUUGGGUUGGAUGCCCCCCACUUCCGUUAACCCUUCCUGUUAUGAGGAUGGACCAUGAAUCCCACUGAGGGCACAUUUAACUUGUAGGAAGGUUGAUUUUUCUGGAGGGGAGUGUGGUCUCUGAACUGGAGAGCAGUCUCCUCUCCUUGCGCUGUCACUCCCCAGAGGUGCCGACCUUAGCCAGGUGGCUUGGCACCUGAGCCAGGCUCUGUUGCAGCUGUGAGUUCACUGCUGUCGUGGUGACCCCUUUGGUGUUUUAUGUACUGUGUUUCAAUAAAAACCCCUUCAGGGUUGCAGAGCAGAGCUUGGUCAGUGGGAUUUUUAUUCCAGGUUGGGAGUGAAUCCACUUUGGCCACUAGGUAGGAGUGGAUCUGGAUGCCGUGUGCCGUGUGCCAUUGUGAUCUGCUUGGCUUCUUGUCCCUGAAAUCCUUCCACCCUUCCACUGUGCGGCAGCUUUCUGAUUCUUGUAUGUUUCGCUCACUUUCUAAGACUGAGACCUCGGUUGGAGUUGUUAGGAAGCCCAAGGCCAGGAACUCAGAGGCUCAGCUGAAACCUCUGACUUUGGUUCCCCCGGCUUCUCACCUCAUUUCCUGUGACCUGGCACCUGCCUUGUUCUACCAAUUGGCUUCUGACUUAGCCCUUGGAUUCAUCAUUUCAUAACCCCAGUCCUGGAGACUGUAGUCUAAAGUUCAGUCACCGUGGCUGGGCUUCCACUCUGAAACCUCUUUGUCACCUGUCUGGACUCUACUUCUACCUUAUUGCCUGUUGCCAGCCUGCCCCUCCCCCCACUCGAUCAUCUGGUCUUGUUUUGGGGACACCCGCAAACUCCUGCUCUAACUCCUGUGUCUGUGUGGUCUCCAGAUCCCUAAGACCCCAGAUAUGGCAGGUCCUAGCUCUCACUGAGCACCCAGGCUCACAGAGAGUAAUUGUGUUUGAAUCUCUCCGAUCUUACUUCACUGCAUUCAUGAGGGCAGAAAAAAAUCUAAAUUUAAGUCUCAUUUUCUGUUCUCUUUAUUCAUAAUACAACAAGCAGAUUUUUCACUGACCAGAGAUGAUUAGCAAUCCCUUUAUUUCCUGAAAGAAUUAAUUGUUCCUAGUGACCAGUUGGAUGCACCCAGAGACCUGAGAGAAUAAUUUGCAAGAUCUGUUAUGAGUCAUGAGGAUGCAUGCUGCAUAUUACAUUUUAUGGUGUCUUUUAUAGCCACUGAAGUAAAUAUAAAUGUCCUUUUUGUUCAAGGUAAUGGUUACUUGCUUUUCACUUUUGGUUUAAUGGUUGGCUUCCUGCUGCCUUGGGAUCUAAAACAUCAGCAUGUUGCCAGAACAGUUAUCCAGAGAGAGCUGAGAGGCUGGGAGAGUU